AUGACGACUUUUGGAUGCUGCUACCGGUGCGCGCCAUCGUCACCAUCGUCGUCGUCGUCGUCGUCGUUAAGAAGAAGAAGUAACAGAAGAAGUAACAGAAGAAGAAGAAGUAAUACCAUCAUCGGAGUGGAGAGUAAAUUCACGUUCCUCCCAUCGUCUGCGGAAAGUUUCGCCAAUACGAACGCGAUAAGCGACACGACGACGUUUCUGGACGUGGCGAGAGCGUGCGCGAGACGCUUACGUUUGGCGAAAGAGUUACACCCGAGCGGUAAAGACGCGCAAAUUAUAGUCGGAAUAGCCGGGCCACCGGGUGGUGGGAAAAGCACGCUCGCGAAACAAGUGUGCAGACAGUUUCGAAAACUCGAAAGAAGGAAGAGUGCGAAUACCGCGAGCAGCGGCGGCGGCGGCGACAGAGGAGGAGGAGUAAACGAGGAGUUAGAAGAGGACGAGAACGAGGAGAAUGAAAACGAACAGAAUACUAAUAAUAAUAGUAAUAACAACGAGAGCGCGGCGUAUGACAUAGCGAUUGUCCCGAUGGACGGCUAUCACUAUUACCGAAGCCAACUGGAAAAGAUGGACAACCCGCAACACGCGUUGGCGAAGCGAGGCGCGCCGUUUACUUUUGACAGCGAAAGGUUCGUGAACGAUAUCGUGAACUUACGGAAAAGCGGGAGCGGUUCUUUCCCCAGUUUCGAUCACGGGAAAGGCGAUCCGGUGGAAAACGACAUUCUCGUGGAAUACAAGAGACAUAAGAUUAUUUUAGUGGAAGGGAACUAUUUAUUUCUUCCCGAGCAGCCGUGGUCGAGACUUUUAGACGAGACGUGUUUCGACGAGGCGUGGUACGUCAACUGUCCGGUGGACGAGGCGACGAAAAGGGUCAUCGAUAGACACGUUCGAACUGGAAAGACGAAAGAAACCGCAGAGUUGAGAGCGUAUUCGAAUGACUUGGUAAAUGCAAAGUUAGUAGACGCGAAUAAACGGUUCGCAGAUGUGAUGAUACCGAACGCGAAAAGGUUUUCUUGA